AUGGCUGCAAAUCCGACAUCGGAGCCUGUGGUGAAUCUCCCGACCACGCCACAGGUCGCAGAGCCCUUAGGGGUAACUCUCCUUGUUAGGCACCUUCCUGAUGGAAUCCCUCAUGAUAUCGUCUCUCGUCUCUUUUCUCAAUACGGAGCUUCUGCUGUUCGUCCUUGUUCCGGUGGAAGAUUAAGGAAUGCUGCUUUUGUGGAUUUCAAGAAUGAAGCUAUUGCUUCUCAAGCACAUCGUCAGCUAAAUGGGCUGAGGUUUCUUGGCAAGGUUCUUCAAGUACAGAGAGCUAAUAAACCUAAUGAGAACAAGAAGCCUCGUCAAAACGAAGAAUCUGGGAAAGAUGGUCAACUUUUCUCAUUCUCAACUGUUAGCAGCAAUGAUUCAAAAUCUGGGCAGGGACUUACUGGUGAACCAAUUGCUCCUAAACUUGGCAUAAACUAUCCAUUCCCUCCUCACCUGCAAUAUGCUUAUCCACCACCCGAUGCAAAUAUAUUGGCCAACAUUACUAAUGCCCUUAUCGCUGUCCCACCUUUAUACACCCAGGUGCUGCAUCUAAUGAACAAAAUGAAUCUUCCACCUCCUUUUCGCCUUGCCUUGCCCACACCACCUCUACCUAAAGCAGCCCAGCAACCAACUGAGUUGGAUCAACAAUCUAGUAGCGAGUCAGAGAUGGAGUCUGAUGAGGAUACAGGUACAUCAAAAUCAGGAAGGAAGCGUGCUAGACAUGAAAAUCUUGUUGGUCCUGGUAUGGACAAGGAUGUGUCACAUGAGACUGUUGGAGUGAAGCCAUCGUCUUUGACUCCCAAAGAGAUGCCUCGGAUAAGAAAGAAUAAACAUGUUAUGCAGAUCAAGAUUACCCAAAAAGUUCCUCAAGACGAACCUAAAGAGGAUAUUGAGCUUAAAGGCCCUGCAGAGGAGGAGCAAAGAGAAGAAGAUUCUAAUUUGAAACCGUUUGCAAGCUUAGAGGAGUUGGAGAAGGGAAGGUUACCUCCGCAGGAUAUUCUUUCACUGCCUAUGUUCAAGAACUACACAGCUGGGAAUCCUUCGCUUGUGCUGUAUAUCAAAAAUCUUGCCAAAGAUGUUACCACUGAUGAUUUCUAUUACAUAUUUGGAUCACAAUUUGGAAGCAUCGAAGCAGCCAAAACCAGUCUUGGUGUGAGGCUGAUGCAGGAAGGAAGGAUGAGAGGGCAAGCUUUUUUGACAUUUCCAUCAGUUGAAGUCGCACAUCGUGCUCUGAAUCUUGUAAAUGGGUUUGUGUUUAAAGGAAAACCAAUGAUAAUCCAGUUUGGCAGGAAUCCUGGAGCAGCCAAGCCAAACGAAUGA